AUGUCGGAUACUGAGCUCGAUACAAGGGAACGUGGGCGAGUUUCACAAAAUAUAGCUUCGGAAGCACCUCCUGGGUUUAGAAAGGAAAUCGUGGAAGAACUCAAAGGAUAUUUUAACUCCAAGUUCACAGAAUUGAAGCGAGACUUCAAAGAAGAUUCCGAAUGGGCAGCAGAAAACGUACGAAAAAAGGUACGAACUGAUAAUUCAUUAUCUUUCAAAAACGUUUCAAAUAGAAAGCAGUAUCUUUUUAAUGCUGAUAUAGCAGAUUUAUUAGACUCGGCUCAGAAAGCUAUUAAUCUUAGAAACGCCAGUAAGGCCACUGAUUUCUUGGAGGAAGCCAAAAGUAAGAUAAAGCAUAGGAAUAAACUUAUCCGUAUAGCAGAUUCUUCAUCGGCAGGCUGGUUAACUAUACAGGAAUAUGAGCAGAACGAAGUCGCUAGCGACUCUGAUGACGAUAAAAAGAUUCGUAGAGCCGAGGAGAGGGCCAAGGCAAAGUUGGAAAAGUCUAAAAAGUUUGAGUCUGAUAAUAGCUCAGCUGGUAAUAGUAACCAGUCUUUUCGUAGCUAUCGGAGAGAACUACAAAGAAAUACAGUGGCGGGACAACAGAAAACCGUUGGCAGUCGAGACAUCGUUUGUUACGCAUGCGGAGGAGUGGGUCACUUCGCAACCGGCUGCGCCGCCCAUCUCGGGAUGUCCAGUGUCGAGCGACCCUUGGAGUCUGGAACCUCAAGAAGGUCGGCAGUCCCCAUCCUGGACAAUACCAGUGCCAAGCCAGAGACAAAAGAAAAAUGAAGUUUCAGAUUGUCAAUGUAAGUACGAUAAGUAUUGGCUUGCUUUUUGCUGAAUCGUCAGAAUUUCUUCCUGAUUUAGAUUUCACUGAAGUAUUUUGUGAGACAAUUGAAAGCUCAUUUUCUGUUUCGGAUCGUUCUGUUAAAAAGAGACUUCAAGCUGCACUUCCGUUUUGGAAAGAUACUAUUCAAGCAAACACUGACAUCUUAUCUGUUAUUGAGCAUGGUUAUACAAUACCUUUCAUUGUAAAUCCACCUACUUUUGUUUUGAAGAACAAUCGCUCUGCUUUAGAAAAUUAUGAUUUUGUGAAGUCUGAAAUUUUAAAACUGUUAGAUAAAAACUGCGUCUAUCAGGUGCCCUUUUUACCUCAUAAUGUUAACCCUUUAUCAGUUGCUAUUAAUAGCGUCGGCAAAAAACGUUUGAUUUUAGAUUUGAGCGUUUUGAACACAUUUGUCAAAAAACAGAAAGUGAAAUUCGAAGAUUUCAAAGUAGCCAAGGAAUUUCUGGUUCCUUAUGGUUUCAUGUUCAAAUUCGACCUCAGUUCAGGUUACCAUCAUUUUUCCAUAAAACCAAUACAUCAUACAUAUCUUGGUUUUUCAUGGCAAAUGGAAGGCAAAAUUAAGUAUUUUCUUUUCUCUGUGCUACCAUUCGGAUUAUCAUCUGCCCCUUUCAUUUUCACAAAAGGGUUACGUCCCCUUGUUAAGUACUGGCGUUCAUUCGGUAUUAGGAUAGUCUUGUUUCUGGACGAUGGUUGGGGUAUAAAUGCCACCUACGAACUGGCUAAGUCAGAUGCCGACUUUGUUUUCGACACUCUCAAAAAGGCGGGUUUUUUGGUAAAUUUAGAAAAGUCUAUUUUUCUGCCAGUUCAGUGUUUAUAAUGGUUAGGCUAUGUUUGGGAUCUUAAGAAUGGAUGUCUGCGUAUCCCUACUAGGAGAAUAGUAAGCACAAGAGAAUGCCUACAGAAAGUAUUAGAUUACUUCCCCUUUUCGUCUGCCAGGAAACUUGCUCAGCUAUCUGGUAAAAUCAUAUCCAUGGCACCCGUCCUAGGUAAUGUUUGUUUGUUGCAAACAAAACCGUUUUAUAGUUUCAUAGAGACAAGAGUUAGUUGGGACAAAAAUAUAGAUAUUACACGUCUGUGGAAUUGCUUAAAAUUUUGGAAAACUGUAUUCGAUUCCUCUUUUCACAAAGUGCUUUUUCAGGAUUAUCUUCCUGCAGAGAUAGUUUACUCAGAUGCUUCGGCAGUGGCAGG